AUGGCAUCUCCAACUCAUCAGCUGUGGCUACUCAUGUUUGCUCUUGGUGCUGUUGAGCUCAUCUGUGGCUACAGCUUUCACAACUGCAUUGCAGAUCCAAACUCAAACUGGAAGAGCUUCAGCUGCAAAAGUCGCAAGGACAGGCUCAUGUCUUUAAUCGUGAAUGACCUGCCAAGAUCCGUCGUCAAUCUCACUAUCACCUUCAAUCCACUGAUGCACGUUCCCAACAACAGCUUUGUUCAUCUACCAAACCUGCAGAACCUCAGACUGGAUCAUAACCAGUUAAGACAUGUAGAUUCUUCAGCUUUCCGUAACUUACAUCAACUUCAGUCUUUGAAUAUGUCCUUGAAUGAAAUCUCAGAGCUCAACGCGUCAUUGUUUGAAGACCUUCAAAACCUCACCUUCCUCUCUUUGGCAAACAACAAGUUAAAUAAGUUUCCUGAGGGCAUUUUCUUUGGUGUACAUAAUGCAAACACUUUACUCUUCAGGAAUAACUGCCUCACAAACUUCUCAGAGGUUGUGAAAUCUAUUUCACAUCUAAUGAAACUGGAAGUCCUGGACCUUUGUUCUAACAAACUGACUUCUCUCAGUCACUCAAAUGUGUCUCUGCCUCAGUCCCUUAGUGUGUUGUAUCUGUGCAGGAAUAAUUUGCAUACUUUAGGAUGUAGCUCUUCUUUUCUCAGCUUUAUCAAACUGCUYGAUUUGUCAAACAAUAUUAAACUACGUACCGUGAAUUUUCGGGAAGUGAAUUUGAGCCACGURAAGAGUCUACAUUUGAAUUCAACAAGUGUCAACAUAGUGGAUUUUUUAAAGAUCAGCAACAUCAAUGCAGGUUGUGUUGACUUCUCUGGCACUGGUUUAAAUAACUCAAACAGUAUCAAUGAACUAUGCAGAUUACUGAAAACAAAGCUAAAAAGUAUUAAAAAUGUUCAAUUACGUCACAAUGGUAUUUGGAAUCUACACAACUUCAAUUUCUCCUACUGUCCUAAAAUUACUGGAGCUUUAGAUUUAUCCUUCAAUAAACUCAAAUCAGUAAAAUGCCCAAGCUUUAUCUACAACCAGCUGGGUAUUACUAAAUUUACUGCAGAGCACAACCUUCUUAUGUCUCUCCCAAGCUGUAAAAAGCAAAAAGAUUUUCAGUUCAAAAGUAUGGAAGAAAUAAGCUAUCGUUUCAAUCGCAUUCUCACAGUCAACGCUCAUGCAUUCGGUCAAACACCAAAUAUUAGGGUGCUGAAACUCAACAUAAAUAAUGUAGCAUUUCUUCAUCGACAAGCCCUUAAAGGGCUGAAAAAACUCAAGAUACUCCGACUGGACAACAACCUCUUGACAGAUUUGUUUAAGGAAACAUUUGAAACGAAUGUCCAGCUGCAAAUCCUUAAUCUGCGCAAUAACCGCAUUUCUGUCAUWUUUAAAGAAACCUUUUUUAACUUAAAAUACUUAAAUACAUUGGACCUUGGAUGUAAUAAGAUCACCCAUUUUCAGCCAUCUGGCCUUGAUGGGCUAAAAAGUUUGUCUAAACUGUACCUUGAUGGAAACAACCUAAAACAAAUUGAUUCUUCAUUCUAUCAUAUCUUCCAAGAUACGCUCACAGUUCUGGAUUUAGCAAGCAAUCAGAUCCGCUUUCUCAGGGAGGAAAACAUUUCACCAUUUGUAAAUCUCAGCAAACUCAUWGAUCUGAAACUGAACAGCCAGCGGGACCAUGGUCUCGCGGUUUUACCUCGCACCUUAUUCCGAGGCCUCCAUUCACUGAAAUCUUUGUAUCUCACCAACAAUAAUAUUGUUUAUCUUCCUCCGGAGGCCUUUGAUGAUCUGACCAAUUUAACAUUUCUCACACUGGAGAACUGCUGUGUUGGAGUGGCCCAAUUAGAACCAGGGGUCUUUAAAAAUCUAAGAAAUCUGACCCGCUUGAUUCUAGAAAAUAUGGGAAUACAGAACUUAUCCAAGGAGGUUUUUGGGAAUUUGACACAGUUACGCAUUCUUCAGAUCAAUCGCAACGUGAUGCAGAGCAUUCCUGUCAAUGCGUUACAAAGUUUGCCUAGACUCCAGUACCUUGACAUUCGCAAUAUUCCUCUAAGUUGCACCUGUAAAAACAAAUUCCUGCAAAAUUAUACAGUGAACAAUCCAGAUGUUCAGGUGGUCUAUCUCUACAAGCUGCCAUGUCAACCGGAUAAAAGUUUAAAAUUUUAUAACUUUGAUACCAAAGUUUGUUACAUAGAUCUAGGAAAGUACAUGUGUUUCAUCAAUGUAGCUGCAGUCUUCCUGUUUACAGUCAUUCCUUUACUUUAUGUCAAACUCUACUGGAAAAUUAAGUACAGCUAUUAUGUCUUCCGUUCCUGGUUUAGUGAGCACUGGAGCAGAAUCAGAGACAAAGAGGAAAACUGUAAAUACGAUGCGUUUAUCUCCUAUAACUUCUCUGAUGAAGAGUGGGUUUUGAAUGAAUUGCUUCCUAACCUGGAAGGAAAUGGAUCUUCUUUGAAACUCUGCCUGCAUCACAGGGAUUUUGAGUUGGGCCGCAACAUUGUGGACAACAUUGUCACCGCAGUGUACAGCAGCCGUAAAACAAUCUGUGUGGUGAGCAGAAACUUCCUACAGAGUGAGUGGUGCUCUCUGGAAAUUCAGCUCGCCAGUUACAGGCUGUUUGACGAGCACAGGGACGUUCUCCUGCUCGUGUUCCUGGAGCCUAUCUCUGAGAGGCAGCUGUCGUCCUAUCAUCGCAUGAGGAAAGUGAUGCUGAAAAAGACUUACCUGCAGUGGCCUGACUCAGACUGCAGUGACCCUCUGCAGGCCCAAGAGCUGUUCUGGAACCAGCUCCGCAGGGCAAUAAAAGCAGGGAGCAGACUGGAAACAGAGCAAGACGACAAUGAUAAAGACUUUGCUCCAGAAAGUAAAGCAACUGAACAUUGUGACAAUCUGUUAACAAAUGAAAGCUAUUAUUAGUUAUUUUUAAAAAUA